CCGACUAUCUGUCAAACAGUUUUCAUUCAUCGUGAAAUGAUCACAACUUGAAAGUAUUGUUUGUUACUUAUUGAAUUACUGUUAUUUCUGAUAAUAUCUGCGCAGUGUGUGUCGUACUGUGCAGGAGACAUCAGUUCCUAUACCGCGCUAUGAAAACGAACAAAGCGGUUGAGAAUGCGGAGAUCACACCAUCUAAAAAGAAACUGACACAGGCUCGCUUGCCUUUCAAGCUUAUUAGCGAAGAUGCUUCGACCCCGGUGGCUCCUCCCACGAGGAAGAGGAAGCUCUCAGUCGACGGAACCGAACCAGCCCCUAAGGGUAAGAUCUGCAAGGAGAAUAACGAAAUUGACGACUUGGUAGUUAUUAGUGAUGACGAGUGUAAAGACAACCAGAAACUGGUAAAGGAGGCGAAAGUGAUGAAUCCGUUCGUUAAGCUCGUCGAUACCGCUUGGAAAAAGAAGUUACAGAAAGCAAAGUCUCCUAAAAAACGUAAAAGUAGGAAAAGUACUUCAAAACGGAUUGAAUCUACUGAAAACAAAAGUGAAACGGAAGGUGAUGCUGAGGAUGUUGAAAUGAUGGACGUUGAGACUGAGGAGCAAACUGGCAACAAACAGAAGUCUCCUAAGGCAAGUCCUAAAUCUAAAAAAACUGAAAUAGAGAAAGAAAACAAAGCUAAAGAUGAUCAGAAUGAUGUUGUGGAACUUGAGGACUCAAAUGACUGUUCUGACGUUCAAAAACCAAAUGAAACUGAAAAAGAAUCAGAUACCAACACUGAAGCCGACAAAGUAACAGCUCCGGUCACUCCUAGAACUUCAAGAAAGUCAAAGUCAGAAACAGACACUGAAAAAUCAGAUGAAUUGGAACCAGCUCCAAAGACUCCCACCCGCAAAGCUAAGGACAGUAAAGACAAGGCGAACACAUCAUUACCGGCCAAGUUGAAUGAGUCUGUCUCCAGCCCAACGACACCGAAACGCAGCAGUAGGAGUUCCUCUGUCACAAACAGCCUCAAUGAUUCAGUCAGCGAGUCUGCCAGCACACCGGCAGCCAACUUAACUCCGAAACAGAUGCAAAAGAAAUUAGAAUCAGCUAAGAAGCGGGAAGAGCGGGAAAAAGAAAGGCAAGAGCGUGAAAAGAAACGCCAAGACGAAAAGGAAGAAAGGGCCAGACAGAGACAGGAGAAGGAAGAUGCCAAGAAGAGGGAGCGAGAGGAAAAGGAGGAGCAGAAACGAAAGGAGAAAGAAGAGAAAGAGAAACAGAAGGAGCUGGAAAAGAAACUAAGAGAAGAAAAGGAAGAGCAAAAGAAAAAAGAACGGGAAGAGAAAGAUGAACAGAAACGCAAAGAGAAAGUGGAAAAAGAGGAACAGAAACGCAAAGAGAAAGUGGAAAAAGAGGAACAGAAACGCAAAGAGAAAGUGGAAAAAGAGGAACAGAAACGCAAAGAGAAAGUGGAAAAAGAGGAACAGAAACGCAAGGAAAAGGAGGCCAGAGAGGAGGAAAAGCGCAAAAAACAGGAAGCGCUAGAACUUGAGAAACAGGAACAGGAACUUAAGAAGAAAAAAGCUGCGGAAGCGUUUGUCAACUUCUUCGUACCAAAGCAGAAGGAAGGACCAAAAGCUGUAGUUAGCCAGAACAGUAUUCUAUCUAGUUUCACUAUAAAAGCUGAUAUGAGAUUAGCUCCGUUAAUUCGUGUGGAACUCUCUGAUAUGCAGAAGAAAGAUAUGGAUAAGUUAAUGGGUGAUCAAAAGUCGGGUGAAAAGGAUCUCUAUUUGAAGAAUUUGAAAAAGGAAGGUGUUAAGAUAGGGUGUAGCGGGAAGACUUGGCCGCUGACUGAUAAAGAUGAUGAUGUUAUGAUUGUUGAGGACGAGUUGCCACCAAUAGAGGGCGCUGAGGAAGUACUGGCUUGCGAGGAAGCCACGAGGGAGAAGCUUCGUCCGAAGCUGUUCAGCUUCCACGAGAACAAGAGACCGCCUUAUUGGGGCACUUGGAGAAAGUGGAGCGCCUUCGUCACAGCUAGGAGACCUUUCGGACAGGAGAAGCAACUUGACUAUGAUGUAGACAGCGACGAAGAUUGGGAGGAAGAGCAGGAAGGCGAGAGUCUCGACGGCAGCGUGGCCGGCGACGACGACGAGCCUGACGACGACUACGAGGUCGACAACGAGGUGUUCGUGCCGCACGGGUACCUCAGCGACGAGGAAGCGACAAUGGACGAGGAAGAAGACAAAGACAACGUCCUAUCCCUUUCCCCCGAAACGCAAAAGGCGCGCCUCAAAAACCUAGAAGACGAAUUCGAGACAGAAAUGAAAAAACCAACCGAAAAACUCAAACCCAGGCUCUAUGGUCUAAUAUGGGAAACUAAAGACGGCGGCAAACCGGAAAAAUGCAUCGACGCUCUAUGGAAUUACUUCGGAAAAUUGUCUAUGAUCAUGGAUGAUGCUGCUAUCGACAGUUUAUUACAACCCUCAGAGUCAAAAGACCCAGAAAAGAAAAAAGUUAAAAAGAAAAAAUUGGCUGAAAAAGAGCAACAGAGCCCUAAGAGUGAUAAAAAGAAAAAGGCGAAAGCAGAAAAUAAAGAGAGUAAGAAAGUUAAACCAGAGCCGAAGCAGGAAACUAAGAAAAAUCAACCCGGUAUUAACUCGUUUCUAACUAAAUUAAAAUCGACGUGAAACUUUAAAGUGAAUCUGUGAAUGUGACCAGAGAUCAGUAAAUAAUGACUGCUAUUCAU